UCUGUCUCCUCCAGUCAGAACUAUCAGCAACUCCACAGCUUUAAAGCCAUGACGGCGUUCAGCACCUCACCCGGCAGACCCUACCACAUUAUCAUCUUCGGCGCUUCGGGCUUUACCGGACAGUUCGUGGUGGAGGAAGUGUCCCGCUGCGCGUCCGAGGGUCCCAAGGGGAGUUUGAAGUGGGCCGUCGCGGGCAGGAGCAAAAGCAAACUGGAGAAAGUUAUCGAGCAAGCCGCUGCAAAUCUCAGUAAGCCAGAGCUGAAGACUGAGGUGGAUAUUAUAGUUGCAGAUGUCAGUGAUCAGGAGUCACUGGCUGCCAUGUGCAAACAGGCUGUCAUUGUGCUCAGCUGUGUUGGGCCUUACAGGUUUUUUGGUGAACCUGUUGUGAAGUCUUGUGUGGAGAACGGAGCUCACUGCCUUGAUAUCUCUGGAGAACCACAGUUUCUGGAGGGGAUGCAGCUAAACUACCAUGACCAGGCUUCUGAAAAGGGGGUCUACAUUGUGGGAAGCUGUGGUUUUGACUCCAUUCCUGCAGACAUGGGUGUCAUUUACACCCGCGACCAGUUUAAAGGGACACUGACAGCAGUUGACAGCUUUCUGACUCUAGGCUCAGGCCCAGAGGGAGGCUGCCUUAAUGAUGGUACCUGGCAGUCUGCCAUCUAUGGUUUAGCAGACAAGGGCAAGUUGAAAAGCCUCAGGAAGAAGUUUGGUCACAAGCCUCUUCCUGUGGUUGGGCCAAAAAUCAAACGGAGGGGUUUGCUGUUUUACAGUAAUGAGGUACAGCAGUAUGCAAUUCCCUUCAUGGGCACAGAUCCAUCAGUGGUGAAAAGGACCCAGCGUUACCUGCAUGAAGAACUCAAUGACACUCCGGUUCAGUACGGGGCAUACGCAGGUAUUGGUGGGAUUUCCAAUGUUUUUAAAUUUCUCAUCGGUGGAUUUAUGUUCUGGUUGCUUGUGUUGUGCAGUUGUGGAAGAAAACUCCUCAUUAAGUAUCCAGGGUUCUUCUCAUUCGGCCUCUUCUCCACAGAGGGUCCUACUAAAAAACAGAUCGAGGACGCUUCUUUCCACUUCAUCUUUUUGGGAGACGGUUACACUGAAGGCCAGGACCCCAGCAAGGGCAAACCCAAUGGCAAGAUCUGUACUGAGGUCAAAGGACCAGAGAUAGGAUAUGUCACCACACCAAUCUCUAUGGUUCAAGCUGCCAUUACCAUGUUGAAUGAACCAGAUUCCCUUCCACAAACUGGCGGUGUGUACACUCCAGGAGCAACAUUCGCCAAGACCACCCUCAUCAAACGCCUCCACAAACACGGCAUCGAGUUCUCUGUCAUUUAAGUUUGAGAUUAAACGCACAACCAGCUUGGCUUCUGAAGCAUCUAAUCGUUUGCUUGAUUGAACGCAGAGAAAUCUUGUUGCUAUAUGGAGCUUCCUAUACA